AUGAUGUUUUCUCUGGCGACCCACACAAAUGCGGUGGUUGGGAACGCCUUCUCCUGCAAAGGAGCAGGAAACAGAAGGAAGCAGUCGUCGAAACGAGUGGUGCGAUCCGGCGCGAAAGCGGACGAGGAUGAUAAAGAUCCCGUUCAAGAAACGUUCAAGAAGUUUUACAAACCGAACAGCGGGAAACGAAUAAAGUACGGCGUGUUUCAAGAAACCUUGAGUGAGUCGGAUAAGAAUACGUACACGGAACAAGAGAAGACAAAUUUGAGAGUAAAAGCCGCGGAGGAGUUAACCGUGAUCGACGACGAGGAGAGGAAGAGGAGAGGUUGGUUUUGGUUUUGUUUUUCUCUUCAAAUCCGUUUCGUAGUCGUUUCUCCUUCUUUUAUUCGCAUUUUACGCGUGCGUGCGUUUCAUAGAGCAGUACUAUAG